AUGGCCAAGCACCCCCCGGACCUCAUCUUCUGCCGCAAGCAGGCGGGCGUUGCAAUCGGAAGACUUUGUGAAAAAUGUGACGGCAAAUGCGUGAUCUGUGACUCCUAUGUGCGGCCCUGCACUCUGGUGCGCAUAUGUGAUGAGUGUAACUACGGCUCGUACCAAGGGCGCUGUGUGAUCUGCGGGGGUCCAGGAGUGUCUGAUGCCUACUACUGCAAGGAGUGCACCAUCCAGGAAAAAGAUAGAGAUGGUUGCCCUAAGAUCGUCAACCUGGGCAGUUCCAAGACAGAUCUCUUCUACGAAAGGAAAAAGUACGGCUUCAAGAAGAGGUGAUCCUAUCCGUAUGUGGCUACACCUCCUGUCAGGUUGGCAAGAGGGUCUUGGAACAUCUCUGGACUUACUGUUAUUGAAAACCGGUUGAUUAUCUUUUUGUAAAGGAGUACAAAUUCAGUAGUAUACUUGGGGUUGGAGAAUUAACAGACUGAGUGGGGACUGAAACCUGAACUGACUAUCAGAAAGAGCAAAUGAGGAUUACUGUCUCUUCCCUUUUCAGAAGCCCUGCUAGUAGCUGCCCCAGCUUGCUAAAAAUCCUGGUGGGCAAGUAUUUAUACAUGGGGGAGACCAGCUCAGUAAAAAGCAAGUGCCAUUUCUGGUGUGGGGAAACACCUUGUGGUUGUUCUUACCAGGCCCCCUCUCAAUUGUUUGAAAUUGCCCCAUGCAUCGGUAUUGAAGAACAGAGCGGCAAUCCCAUGUGUCCGCUCCCCCUGCCCCCUUCCUCCAGUAUAUUUCCAUGCUGCCCUGUUUUGUAAGGAACCUGCUUAUGGCUGGUGCCUUCCUAGGGAGAGCACAGCUGUUCCAUGUUUUCUUUGACAGAUUAAUCCAAGGCCCUUUCUUGUAACUGUUUCUGUAGGAUGCGUACCAAUAAAGCUUCUUCUUUUGG